CACCUGGUCAGCGAAGGCAGUCACGCGAAUGUAACAAAUAGAAACAAAAUGUCAGACGCUGAAAAAACUCCCCUCCUUCGCUCCAGCAAGGACGAUCACGAAGAGGAUGAAGAAUUAACUGGAUGUGGGGCCACGCUGGCCUGCAAUCCUCGUCUGUUUCUCCAUAGAUACCUCGUUUUGAUCAUAAUGUGUUUUCUGAGUUUUGGGAGCUACUUCUGCUAUGACAACCCUGCUGCCCUUCAAGAUACAAUGAUAAAGGAUCUAAAUCUGUCAGAGAGCUCCUUCAUGGGGUUUUACUCCUGGUACUCAUGGCCGAAUGUCAUUCUGUGCUUCUUUGGUGGUUUCCUCAUUGACAAGGUGUUUGGUGUCCGACUAGGAGCUAUCAUCUUCAGCUUGUUUGUCACGGCAGGACAGGUUUUGUUUGCUCUUGGUGCAUAUGUCAAUAAGGUGUGGUUAAUGGACCUGGCUAGAUUUGUAUUUGGGAUAGGUGGAGAGUCCUUGGCUGUGGCUCAAAACACCUACGCUGUGAAAUGGUUUCAGGGGAGAGAACUCAACAUGGUAUUUGGUCUCCAGCUCAGCUUUUCUCGUGUGGGAAGUACAGUGAAUAUGAAUGUCAUGCAGCCUCUAUACAAGCUGAUCGGCGACCACGGAAUGACUGGAUAUAAAUGCCUGGGAAUCACACUGUUUAUUGGAGGAUUGAUCUGUAUCCUCUCUCUCCUGUGUGCCUUUGCUCUCGGCUUCUUUGACAAGAGAACAGACAGAAUCCUUAACAGAAAAACAGCUGCAUCAGACGAGGUGAUCAGAAUAACGGACGUUAAGGACUUCCCUCUGCCGUUCUGGUUGAUGUGCGUUAUCUGUGUGGCUUACUAUGUUGCUGUUUUUCCCUUCAUCGGCCUCGGUCUAGUUUUCUUUGAAAUGAAAUGGAACCUCAGUCCCAGUGCUGCCAACACUAUCAACAGCUUGGUGUAUAUCAUAUCUGCAGUUGCCUCCCCUCUAUUUGGUUUCCUGAUUGACAGAAGUGGAAAGAAUAUAUUUUGGAUAAUUAUUGGUACCACAGCAACGAUAGGCUGUCAUGCCCUCCUAGCCUUCACCUUCCUCAACCCUUUUGUAGCCAUGAUCUGUAUGGGACUAGCGUAUUCUGUACUCGCCAGUGCUCUCUGGCCCCUUGUUGCUCAAGUUAUUCAAGAAUCACAGCUUGGUACUGCGUAUGGAAUUAUGCAGGCUAUACAGAACCUUGGGCUGGCUGUGAUAUCCAUUGCUGCAGGUUCCAUCGUCGACUCCAGCGGCUACCUAAUACUCGAAGUUUUCUUCCUAGUCUGGCUCUGUAUUGCUCUUGUUGCGGCAGUGAUUUUAUAUCUAACAGAUGCAUCAUCAGGGGGUAAACUCAACUUAUCUGCAAAGCAAAGAAGAAUAUUGAAAGAGGAAAAAGAAAGGUUGGAAGAAGAGAAAAAGAUGUUGGAAUAGAUUAUCACCUGAUUACUCAAUCAUUAUAUAUAUUCACAGCGCUGGAAAAAAGUCAGUGCCAGAAAUUAUUCACAGUGCCAAAGAAACAGUUCAAUGUUUCCAUUAGUCAUGUGAUGGUCAAAGCAUGAUUCCAUGGUGCAAAUGAUGCAUUUCAUAGUUAGAGCAAAAAAGAGGUAU